UAGAGAAUAUUAUGUACUGUAGGAGGUGAAAGAUUUUACUCCUUCUUCUGGCUUUGCAGCUGCAUUUGCCAGAGUUGUGCCUUCUAAAGCAGUGUAUGAUAGCAUUUUUGGCACAUAAAUGAGCAUGGUUAUUUUCUUGGUGGUUGGGUCCCUGCUAAAUGAAUAAAACCAAAAUGUAUUAAUUUUAAACAGGAGGAAGCAUACAAUUUCCAAAAUUGUAAAGAAUAUGACAAACCACGGAGAAAAAUAAACCAUGAAAAAUUAUAAAGUCACAGAGCCACACAGUAGUGUGUGAAUAUUGGAAUUGCUGUAACUGGUUGUAUCUUUUGUUAAAAGGCUGUGGGUCACUGCUUACAUGCAACAGUGACUAGCAUCUUGUCUGCAGUUCUUUUUUAUUCUUCUCUCAUCCUCUAAGGAAAGAGCCAACGAGCAUCCUGCAUGUGACGUGCAGAGUUGUUCCAAAGAGGUUUUGGGGAGCAAAUUCCUUGCUGACUCAAGAUCUUCUGCCAUGAAAAAUGAAAAUUACCUACCCUUAUCUUAUAUUGCAGUCCUAUAGUUGGCAAAUGCUGUUAUUGCUCACGGUAUUAUCCAGAUGUUUUAGUAAGUCUCUUGCUAUGUUAAUUUACUUGUGUUGUCCUGCUAGUUUACAGUCAAAGUAGUUACCAGGUGAAGCUGAAAGCUAUUAUUUCUUAUCCCUAUGCUGACUAAUUAGUCUUUUGUUUCCUUGUAUCAGAAAGUCACAGACGCAGUGAGUUUGAAGCUAAUCAAUUACUAUACAUGUACUGCAUGAAAUCAAACAGAAAAGACAUUUGGCAUGCUCACUUUCUGAUCUAGCAAUACCUCUGAGCUUGUAGAGCUCCCAUUAACUUAGAGGCAGAGCACUGCAUGGGCUCAUACAAAUUUAAAGCAAUCUAAUUGGUAUUUUCUCUGAACAAAUAACAGUAAUAAUUGAAUUUGGCAUUUCAAGGUUUGACCAUGCAGAACUCCUACUGAUGUCAAUGGGAGAUGGGCACUUGGUCCCUCCACAAGCGUAGUCUGAUUCACUAUUUAUUUUGUUAAAACUUUGGACUUGCUAUUCCAUUAAUUGACUGUUCUCUUUGUCUUUGUAUUUACUUUCCCAGAUGUUCCAGCCUAUCAUUUUACUUAUUCUCAUCCUUGUAUUAUUUUCAUCCCUUUCAUACACAACAAUAUUUAAGCUUGUCUUCCUUUUUACACUGUUUUUUGUACUGUAAGCCAUUCAUCAUUUACUGUUCAUUGUAGUAUUAUUUUCAGUUUGUUUAUUUUGUCCACCCUCCAAGAUAAGACGUGCAAGAGACAUAGUUUCUGUAAUAGCCACUGCUGUAAAAACACUGAAGACUACUUGUUUGCCAAACCUAAACCAAACCCAAAAAAACUGCAAAAAAAAAAAAAACUAAAAAUCACCCAGUUGAAUAGAAAGACCGCUCAUCACAGCGUUCCAGAUCCUCUUGUCAUCAGCUGCCCUGCCCACAAAAACAUACAUCACCUCUGCUUGGUGCAUUUGAAGACAAACAUCUGAUGGGGCAAUUUGCCCAGAAUUUUAUGCUCCCUUAGUCAGAUCAAGAUUUGCAGAACUGGAUCUCAGCUAGCUACGCACUUCAUUGCUUUCACUGCUGUUUAGAAAUGGACUGAAAAACUUCCAAAGGAUUUCUUAUUCCAUGAAAGGAAACAUUCAGGGAAGAAAGAAAAAAGCAGAGCUAUCUUGUUGCUGUUACACAGACUGUAACCAUGGACCUGCGUAAACAACUGGAGAAUACAGAGAGGAACUGGAAUAAGGAGAAGAUGGAGCUGCUGGAGAGAUUUGACAAUGAAAGGAAAGAAUGGGAAUGUCAAUGGAAGGUCAUGCAGAAGAAAAUUGAAGAGCUUUACCAAGAGGUAAAACUUAGAAGGGAGAACAAUAUGAAUGUCCAUGAUAAUAAGGCCACUCAGAGCAAGAUGCUGCAGCUGUCCAUGCAUUCCCCUACUUCAGAAGAGAGUGACACAGUGGAGCUGAACUAUCAACACAAUGUGGUAAAUGACAGGAUGGAAAAAGGAAGUUUGCUCAGUAAAACAGGACCUGAAUGUAAAGAAACCAGAGCCAAGAGCAAGAACAAUAUUUUGCUAAUGGACAAUUUGGCCUUUGAGAGCCACGAGGAACCUGAAGACAGUAUCAGCAUCAGAACUUCCAAGAAAAAUGCCAAGAAUUAUAUUGGUGAUCUCAAUGUAGCUCUAAAAGAACUUGCCAGAGUUAGUGAAGAAUUAUGCAGCUAUCAAGAGGAAAUUCGAAAGAAGUCAAACCACAGAAGAAUGAAGUCACUUCCUUUCCUGGGGGAAUUUGAAGAAACCCAAAACACAGUUAUUCUGCCUGAGAUGAACCAUGUGUCCAGCAGUGAAUCACAGACUUCAGUUGCUUUUGAAACAGAGGAGCAUAAUAAUAGGAAGAAUCUGAUGAGCUCCACCAAGGGUUUGAAGGACAUGUCCUAUGGUGGUCUUAUUGGUGACAGAGGAGCAGACUUCAGACCCUGGCAAAAGAAAGAAGCUCCACCAGUUCCUCCACGGAGCACUUCUCGACACCUAGCAAACUCACUUUCUGCAGUUGUACAGCUUUCUGAAGCACCUGUGAGAGAUCCAAGCAUCAAAAGCACUUGCAAAGUUCAGGACUGUAGGAGUGGAAGGAAACUGGUGAAUCCUUUGCCUAUAAAACUAAAUGAAACUGCAGUGACAAAUGAAGGGCAGACUGUGAAAGGUCCUGUGAUGGUAACUGCUGUAAUACCUGUAACCAAAAAUGAGUGCAAUGUACCAACAAGUUUCUGCCACAACACGUGGGCAUAUGAUGCUGGCAAAGACAGUAAAAGUGAGUCCUCCCCACUGUCAUCCCAGAAAAGUUGCUCAGAUGGAAAUAUGGCUCAGAGCAACAAGAUGCACCAGAAACAAAAUCCCAAGUGUCAAAGCAGUCCUGUUUACAGUAAUGACUUUUAUGCCCCUGCUACCCUUACCCUGCACAGUGAUCUUUUGGGAGACUCUAGGUAUACUUUGAGAAAGACCCCAAGAAAUGAAACUUUAGCAGCAAAGAUUGAUGAAUUUAACCGGACUGUAUUUCACACAGAUAAACGUAGCAAUGCUUUGCAAGAAAACCAGGUGACUCGAACAGCAUCAGAAGAUCACAAACCCUGCAGCCCACCUUGUGACUCUGCUAUUAGCAGGACAGAAACUGUAGAUACAUCUUGUGUUUCAAAUCCUAAAUUCUCUGCACCAAAGGAACAAGAAACUAGCAACCCCAGCAAAGCUGUCAGAUCAGCAGGGCAUCAAAAGCAAGUAAAUGGACUUCCAAAUACUAGCAGUUAUAGACACAUGCUUCAUGAGCAUGACUGGAGACCAAGUAAUUUAUCCGGUCGCCCGCGCUCAGCUGACUCAAGGUCAAACUACGGUGUUGUUGAAAAGCUUUUGAAAAACUAUGAAAAAUCCACGGUGACUUCUCCGUGUAAUGAAAAACGCUGCAAAGAUAAAUGGACACGGGCAAACACUGAAUCUACUGAUGGGGGUUGUGAGACGUUGAGUCAGUAUUUAGAAAUGCUUCAGAUUGAGCAAGGAAAGCAAGAAUUUCCGAGGAAUUCAGCCAGGCAUAUUGGGCAGCAACUCAAGCAAGGAAAGGAGAGACAGAAGUUACCAGAGAUAUCUGUGCCAGCUAAAUGUUCAAGUGGGAAGGGUUUCUCCCGACCAGCCCGACCAGCAAAUCGACGCUUACCUUCCAGAUGGGCAUCGAGAUCACCAUCAGCACCGCCUGCUGUGAGAAGGACGGCGUACAACUGCUCUGUCUCCUUUCGUUCAGAGACCUCAGUAGUCUGAACCCAGAGAUGGAUUGGGUGGUGGUGUGAAAGCUCUGCACCUCAUUGUAACUGUGUUCGACCUGUGUCACAGCGACCAGUUCUACCCUGUCCUAUCUUAUCCAAGAGUGACCCCAUCACAUGCCAGACAAAACGUUUUGAAUCUUAGGUCAUCAUCAUGGUCUUCAGUGUUUUUAUUAAGAUGGAACAACUAUACCCCUGGUUUUCUCCUUUUUUUUUUUUUCUUUUUAGUACUAGCUCACAAAGAAUUUAUUUUGAGUGGCAUCUUCCUUAAUUUGCCAAUCAAUUUUGAGUUGGAACAAUGUAUAGUGCUGUAUAUUCUGACUCUUCUGCAAACAGCAGAACGUAAAGCUGUAUGCAUGAUCAUGUGUUUGUAGGUGCAUGUGUUGGACUAGGAAGUAUACAGGUCUGUAUUUAGAAGAGAAAAACUGUGCUAGUGUUGACAUUGAAACUACAACCUAUAUGCCGACAUAUAUAUAUAUACUUUGUGUUUAUUUUAAAAAGUUUGAAAUAUACAGUCCUGAUGACAU